UGUGAGAAGUCUUGUGGAUGUGGUCCCGGCUGUAAACGUAAAUGGCAAGGCUGUCUAUGUCACAGCGGCAGACGCCCAAAGGGAAAGUCAGUAUGCUGGGAAGACGACCGCUGCGCGUGUUGGCAGAAGAGCCGGGAGUGUGAUCCGGACCUCUGCGGCGACUGUGGCGUUGCUGACGUCCUGGACCCAGUGCAUCGACAUGACGAAAGCAUACUACAAAACAGGUGCGGCAUGGCCAGCCUGCAACGAGGUGUGGCGAAACACACAAUCGUUGGAGACAGCGGAGUCCAUGGCCUGGGACUUUACGCAUGCGAAGACAUUCGCGUCGAUGAGUUCGUCGGCGAGUACAAGGGAGAGACCAUUACCAAAGAAGAAGCUGAUCGCCGGGGCGCAGUGUAUGAGCAUCAGAAGUUGUGCUACUUGUUCACUCUCAAUCGGCAGCAAGAAAUCGACAGCACCUACUUUGGGAAUAAGACGAGGUUCAUCAAUCACAUUGAUGGCUUCAAGUCCAAUCUCAGGCCAUUGAUUAGCAUGGUCAACACUGUCUUCCGCAUUGGCAUGUAUGCCAAGAAGAACAUUAGAGCUGGCGAAGAGUUCUUCUUCGACUAC